AUGGUACCUCUUCGUUUGGCCCAUAGGCCUCCAAAUGCGACACCAUUGCCAUAUACUGCAUCCCCACUCAAACUCCUAUGGGCUGACCUUUCCCUUGUUAUCAAAUAUGCCUGGGCUCUACCUCUCUUGUUCUUUCCCCUACGGCUGACCAAAACCAAUCGACUGGAUGAACUCUACCCAUCACCUCUGAGCGGCGUAUCAUUUGGAACUCAAGUGUUCCUUACACUCUUUCAAGUUUUUUUUCUCCUUUCCAUACCCGUCGCCGUGGUAUUGAUGAUUCCUACUGUGUGGAUUUUUGUGUACAUCGCUGUCGCAGUGACCUCGAACUACAUGGUCUGCAUGCUCAUGUUGAACGGCUUCCGCAGGGUUCUUGUGUCACAAGUCCCGGUCCCCGAGUCACACAUCCAUGUCCGCGAACGUUGGUUCUUCAUAAAUGGCAUCGCUGGCAGCCAGUAUUGGGUGCAGAACAAUCUGGACCAACUUUCCUAUACCUUUGGUCGAAAAAUCACAGGAAUUCAUAAUCGCACAGCGGGGAUCGUCUUUGACCUGAUUGAAUGUUUGAUUCAGCGCUGUUUUUCUUAUGCCACUAAUGAUAUACGGAGGGCAUACCCACUAAUUAAAGAGGCACUGCUCAAUCCCGACUGUGACAAAGUGGUCCUGAUACUUCACAGUCAAGGGGGAAUUGAGGGUGGCUUGGUUAUCGAUUGGCUGUUGGAUGCACUUCCACGGGACAUUCUUCACCACCUGGAGGUCUAUACUUUUGCGAAUGCGGCCAACCACUUCAACAACCCUCGUCGAGCUUGCAAGACCAACCCAGAUGCUGCUGGAUCCGGUAACUUUCCUUCGCGCUAUGACUGGUCUAUUGGGUACAUUGAACACUAUGCCAAUUCAGGCGACGUGGUUUCAUGGAUUGGCGUUUUACAUUUCAUCACCUUUCCCAAUCGAUACAUGGGACGUCUUUUCAUCCGAUCAGGCUCGGGUCACUUACUAGAUCAACAUUAUCUGGACACUAUGUUUACUUUGGGACCUGAUCACAAAGUUCUGGAAAACAACCAAUUCAUGGAUAUGGAAGUUGAGACAAACUCAGACUGCAAGCCCAAUGAGGAUUGCGAGGAGACCUUACUUCCUACUACUUUUCCCUCCGAAGAAUACCAACAAGAUAAAGACAUCGUGACGCAACGGGUUAAGGACUAUAGUCGCCUCUGGCAAUAUCGGAAUGGACGCAUUCCAUCGGACAAACCCAAAUACGUGGGAUAA